AUGGCUAGCAAGGGUAGCUUUAACGCCCUAACCCAAGUCCUACUCACCGUGUUCCCUGCCACAUCUAUGGACCCGGAUAUGAUGUCAAUUCCAGACUCGCCAGAAGAGUUUUCUCUUGAACCCUCUGGCAUCCUAUCAAUUGUCGCGAGAACGACAGCACGUCAACUGCUCGACCAAUACAGGACUGAAACGUCGAAAGCCUCAUCAAAAUCCGAUCACGGUAAAUCUUCCCCCACGGCCGAUGGAAACCGAAGCGUGGCCACGAUCUGCCAAGUGGCAAGACUCUUGCCUGCCAUUUUUUGGAAGCUCGAUCCCGACAGGCACCGUGACUGCUCAAGGCGGGAAAAGUUUGUCCAGAUAAGCCGGAUAAAACAGCACCUGGCCCGGAAACACACGCCCAUCUACUGCGAGCGCUGUAAAUUAAUCCUUCCCAGCGAGGAUAGUUACAGGAAGCACCAUGAGCAGCCCGGCCAGGGAUGUCUGCACAAGGAUUGGGAUCCCGAGCACGGCAUCUCGCAUCAACAGCAAGCAGUGCUGCACAAGAAGUCCAGGGCGGACCUGUCGACGCCAGAGCAGUGGUUUGCCAUUUGGGACCUGUUGUUCCCAGAACACGCGCGGCCGAGUUCGCCUUACAUCGACCAGGGGCUGUCUGACGACUUCUGCAACUUCCGUGAACUGCUGGCACUGCGCAUGGCGCCCGAACGCUCCUCCAACGGCAACAGGGACCAGGACGACCACCCCCGGUCCGAAACAUCGGGCCGCGGAACCACUGGCGGCUCGCAAACUGACAGCGGCGUGGUCUUGUCGAGCCUGACGGACCUUUCUUUGCUCAAUCUGGUGCCCCAGGACGGCAAUAUGCCGACUGCCGACAUGAUGUCUCUUUUUGGGGAGCUCGGUGUUGAGAACUGCCAUUCGAUAGGUAAUCAGAUGCCGAUUUCUGACUUGCAUAUCCCCGCCUUGUCCGGAGACAUGGGACUGAGGGGCACGUGGCCCGGUAACUUUGGGGACGAUGUGAAUUCUGGAGGGCAACUGGAAGACUAUCUCUGGGAUCCAUUUCCCGACCAAACCGGGGAACACAAUUAA